AAAAUUCUAGGCUCAUAAUUUAAAAUUAAUAUUGAUUGCUAACAUCACCAAGAAAUAAUCACUAAGAAAUCUGAUUUUUGAUGGCAUGAUAAUGCCACGUGGCACUAACUGAAUUGGUAUAGUGAAUGUUAAUAUGGCGUAAUAUGAAUGUUUCUCUUUUCACCUACAAAUAAAAAACAAAAAACAAGGAAAAAGUAAAAAAGAAAAGAAAAACAGAAAAAAAGAAGAAGAAAUCCUCACCCGCAACCAUUAAAUUCCACCCACCAAUCAAUCUAAACUCUCAUUGAUUUGCAAUUCCACACUCAAAAUAUCGCAAUCGCAAUCGCACCGACCGACGCUCCCCCAAUCAAAUAAUGCUCUAGAACAAUCAUCGCUAGCUAUGACGAUCUCGAACGCCGUGGUGGGGAAUUUGACGACAAUCUACCUCAUCGUGAUCGCCGCGAUGAAGGCGUACGGCCUCUCCGUGGGGCGGAGCUUCGGCAGCGGCUACGUCCUCGCCCUCUCCACCGCCGUGGUGGCCGCCGUCCUCGUCGCCAGCCUCGCCUGGGACGUCUCGCGGAAGGUGACGCAGGCGCUCAUGGCGCGCGAUAGCCACCACGAGAUGUGCCGCGGCGGCAUCUGCUGGCACGGCGUCGCCGUCAAAUCGCCGGCAUCUGAGGUCCGGUUCCGCCUCCCUCACCACCACCAUCUCAGAUAAUUCCUCGAUUUUAAAAACUCGUCCGAAAACGGUGUCGUUUUAUAAAUAUGCAGCAGAAUUUCUGGGGAUUUAAUUCUCGUGUAAACUAAUGUGUAUAAUAUGCGGUGGAAAUAUUAAGCAACAGUUCUUCUCC